AUGGAAGUGGAUGAGACCCCCGAUUACACCGACUCAGAGAACCCCGAUACCACUGCUAGCAGCGUUGUUGGGGAGCCCAUUUCCGAUGGCAGGAAGCGAAGAACCGAGGCCAACCAGCUGAGGCGAAGUAUCUUCGGAAAGAAGCAUGAUCGCUUAGGAGAGUCAAAGGAGGAUGACUCGAUCCGUCGAUUCCGUUAUCUCCUUGGUCUGACCGAUUUGUUUCGCCACUUCAUUGAGACCAACCCAAACCCCAAAAUCCGCGAAAUCAUGGCCGAGAUUGACCGUCAGAACGCGGAGGCAGCUAGAUCGAAAAAGGCCGGAAGUCGUCAAGGCGGCGCUACUACUGAUAGACGCCGACGGACUGAGGCCGAGGAAGAUGCAGAACUGCUCAAGGACGAGAAACACGGUGGUUCCGCCGAGACUGUCUUCCGGGAGUCCCCCGCUUUCAUUCAGGGAGAAAUGCGAGAUUACCAGGUCGCCGGUCUCAACUGGCUGAUCUCCCUGCACGAGAAUGGUAUCUCCGGUAUCCUGGCAGACGAGAUGGGUCUUGGAAAGACUCUGCAAACCAUUUCCUUCCUUGGCUAUCUUCGACACAUCAUGGGCAUCACUGGACCCCAUCUGAUCACAGUCCCCAAAUCUACCUUGGACAACUGGAAGAGGGAGUUUGCCAAGUGGACACCAGAGGUCAAUGUUCUCGUUCUCCAGGGAGCUAAGGAAGAGCGGGCGGCUCUUAUCAAUGACCGUUUGGUCGACGAGAACUUCGACGUUUGCAUCACCAGUUACGAAAUGAUUCUCCGCGAGAAGGCACACCUGCGCAAGUUUGCUUGGGAGUAUAUCAUCAUUGAUGAAGCUCACCGCAUCAAGAACGAAGAGUCGUCACUCGCACAAGUCAUCCGCCUCUUCAACUCGCGAAACCGCCUAUUGAUCACUGGUACCCCGCUGCAAAACAACCUUCACGAGUUGUGGGCACUUCUCAACUUUCUACUGCCCGAUGUCUUCGGUGACUCUGAAGCAUUUGACCAAUGGUUUUCAGGUCAAGACCGCGAUCAAGAUACGGUGGUCCAGCAGCUGCACCGUGUCCUUCGACCUUUCUUGCUCCGAAGAGUGAAGGCUGACGUAGAAAAGAGUCUGUUGCCGAAGAAGGAAGUCAAUGUUUAUACUGGCAUGUCAGAGAUGCAGGUCAAGUGGUACCAGAAGAUUCUUGAGAAGGAUAUCGAUGCUGUCAAUGGGGCUGGUGGCAAGCGAGAGUCAAAGACACGUCUCCUCAACAUCGUCAUGCAACUGCGAAAAUGCUGUAACCAUCCUUACCUUUUCGAAGGCGCCGAGCCCGGUCCACCAUACACAACGGAUGAGCAUCUCGUUGACAAUGCUGGCAAGAUGGUAGUCUUGGACAAGCUACUCAAGCGACUCCAAGCCCAAGGAAGCAGAGUUCUUAUUUUCUCUCAAAUGAGUCGUCUCCUAGAUAUCUUGGAGGAUUACUGUGUUUUCCGCCAGUACAAAUACUGCCGUAUCGACGGUAGCACAGCCCACGAGGACCGCAUUGCGGCCAUCGACGAGUACAACAAGCCGGGCUCCGAGAAGUUUGUCUUUCUUCUCACCACUCGAGCUGGCGGUCUCGGCAUCAAUCUGACAAGUGCGGAUAUUGUCAUUCUCUAUGACAGCGACUGGAAUCCUCAGGCCGAUCUGCAGGCCAUGGACCGUGCUCAUCGUAUCGGCCAGACCAAGCAAGUGGUUGUAUACAGAUUUGUGACGGACAAUGCUAUCGAGGAGAAGGUGCUGGAACGUGCAGCCCAGAAACUACGGCUUGAUCAGCUUGUUAUCCAGCAAGGUCGUGCUCAGAUUGCGGCUAAAGCUGCAGCCAACAAGGACGAGCUGCUCUCUAUGAUCCAACACGGAGCCGAGAAAGUUUUCCAAACCAAGGGCGCGACUGGACCUCUUGCUGAUAAAGGGGCUGGUAUGACCGACGACGACAUCGACGCCCUCUUGGCGAAUGGCGAGAACCGUACCAAGGAGUUGAAUGCGAAGUACGAAAAACUAGGCAUUGAUGACCUCCAAAAGUUCACAUCCGAGUCCGCGUACGAAUGGAACGGCAAAGACUUCACGAACCAGAAGAAAGACAUUGGCAUCAACUGGAUCAACCCUGCCAAGCGUGAACGCAAGGAGCAGACGUACUCGAUUGAUAAGUACUACAGACAAGCCAUGCAUACUGGCGGUCGCACUGCGGAUACGAAGCCCAAGGCUCCUCGUCCUCCCAAGCAGAUGAACAUCAAUGACUACCAAUUCUUCCCCCCGAAGCUUCGUGAGCUCUACGACCGUGAGACCGCCUACUAUCGCAAGCAGAUCGGCUACAAGAUUCCGCUCGCUGAAGACGAGGAGAAGGAUGUCGAGGAGCGCGAAGCUGAGCGUGCUCGUGAACAGGCAGAGAUCGAUGAGGCGACCCCGUUGAACGAGGAAGAAGAGCAGGAGAAAGAGAAGCUUUCCUCUCAAGGCUUUGAUACUUGGAACAAGCGUCAUUUCCAGCAGUUCAUCAACGGGUCACACAAGUUCGGGCGACAGAAUUAUGCCGGCAUUGCUACGGAGGUGCAAGGCAAGACCGAGGCAGAAAUUAAGGAAUAUGCCAAAGUCUUCUGGAAGCGCUACCGUGAGGUCGAGCACUGGGACAAGCACAUUAACCAUAUUGAAGAGGGCGAGGAUAAACUUCGCAAAGUCGAGCAUCAGCGAAAGAUGCUGCGCAAGAAGAUGUCACAAUACCGCGUUCCGCUUCAACAGCUCAAGAUUAACUACUCAGUAUCGACCACCAACAAGAAGGUGUACACCGAGGAAGAGGACCGCUUCCUACUGGUUCUUCUCGACAAGCAUGGACUGGAUGUGGAGAACAUCUACGAUACGAUCCGCGAUGAAAUCCGCGACAGUGACCUGUUCCGCUUUGACUGGUUCUUCCUCAGUCGUACGCCUCAGGAGCUUGGCCGUCGAUGCAAUACCCUUCUCACUACCAUUGUGAAGGAGUUCGAAGACGUGCACAAGGGCCCGAAUGGCACAUCCAAUGGUAGGACUAAGAGAGAGGCCGAUGAUGACGAGAACGAUGAAGACAGUGUCCUCGGCAUGGCACCAGCGAAGAAGAAGGCAAAGACCAACGGUGUCAAGAACAAAGCUCUCGACAACGUCAAGUCUGCAGCUGGUAGUAAGUCCACUUCACCCUCGCGCGCUUCUAGCGUUGCAUCAACCGCCUCCAACCAUGCCAAGGCCAAGGGCAAGGGCAAGAAGAAAUAA